AUGAAGGUCCUACUUUUUGUCGCCUUGCUGGCGUUGACACUUUUAGCCCUUACGACCUCUAUCCUUGCGGACGAUGAUCAAGAAUAUACACCCCCUGAAAUAGUACGGAAUGAGCAGAGAAAAAAGCUCGGGAUGCCUCCUAUGCCACCGAAGGGCUCGAAGAAAAAGAGUGUCAAAUCUCCGAGUGAACGAGCGCGAAAGGUGACAGGGCCACUGGCAGGUGGGCUGGGGAUGGCACCAUUCAAGGUUUCUAAGCAGACCGCUAUUGGUCACAUCGCCAUCCACAAGGGCAAUGUAAAUGGCGCUGUACUCGGCUUUCUCGACAACCACAAGAUCGUGAAAUCUGCUGAACAAGCCCCGAAGUACGCAUACAUCCUCACUGGGCCACUUUCUGAGAUCAGAGUUUUGGUAAGGAUGCAUCGUUUUCAUGCUAUGUGGAGAGCUGAUGGUAGCGUGCUGGGCAGGGCUCGGAGGGUCUUCGUAUCCAAACCGGGCGACCGGCCACUACAGGACCACAAAGGUGCCACCCACUUCGAAACGAGUGUUUUCUCGAUAGACCCUGAUACCCAUGAAAUUGAUAUCCAAUGGGUGAAUCCUGACGGAAGUUUACCACCUGUACACAUUGUUCUCAUGGAUGAACGAAUAUUCUACGUUGGAGAUGUUAUGGCUUUCCGCGACUAUACAGACGCUGUGGUGACUCCUGUGACUACAUUCCUAAAUGAUUCUUGGGCGUUAGGACUUUGGCGAUAG